UUUUGCUCUUGACAAUAGAUAACGGAGACAAAGGGGCGGUGCCCUCUAGAAAAAAACUAACUAUUAGUUAUGGAGAUCUAGAUCUAGAUUUAGAUAUCUUACCUAGAAGUUUGUGGUAUAUAUAUACAUUUAUUUAUAGAUCUAGACAUAAGUCCAUAUAAGGUACCGGCAAUUAAAGUAGAUCUGAGUCUUAUUAUUGCCUUCAAAUAGUUUAAAAUGGCAAGUUUUUUCCCAUUAUUUAGAAAAAUAACAGAUAAUAUCUUAGGUGCUGAAGGGCCAGUAUUUGAUUCAAAAGGAAAUUUUUACAUGGUUGCACCUGAAGUAGAAAAAGAAAAAAACCCUGCUGGACAAAUAUUGAAAGUAGAUAUUUUAUCAGGGACGACAGAAGUUCUCUGUGAGCCUGUAAUCAAUGGCGAUGGUGGAAUUCCUGCAGGUUGUCAAACAGAUAAACAUGGCAACAUUUAUGUUGCAGACAUGAGAUUAGGAAUUUUAUUGGUUCAACCCAAUGGUGACUUUGAACAGUUAUCUGCUCAAGAUUCUGAAGGACAUAAUAUGCAAGGUUGCAAUGAUUGUGCCAUGGAUUAUUAUGGAAACCUCUGGGUCACUGCACCAGCUGGAGAGAUAGCGCCAAGUCCUUAUAGACGUUCAUUUGAGGAACCAUUUGGAUCUAUAUACUGCCUCACAAAGGACAGAAAAGUAGUUCACCUUGAUACUGGUAUUAGGUUCCCAAAUGGAAUAGCUGUCAUUCAUGACAAGGAGGAUAAACCUGUGAAACUAAUAGUAGCUGAAACCCCAACAAGACUUUUGUGGUCUUAUGACAUUCUUGGUCCUGGAUCUGUCAGAAAUAAAACUGUUUGGGGUAAACUACCAGAUUGUGACUGUGAGUCAGGUCCUGAUGGGAUGGACUUUGAUGAAACUGGACACUUGCUAGUUGCCCACUGGGGCAGUGGCUACAUUGAGGUCUUUCCCCCUACAGGAGGAGAGCCUGUCCAAAGAAUCAAGUGCCCAUUUGAUAAGCCAAGCAAUCUCCACUUUAAGAAUAACUCUUAUGAGGUCUAUGUCACUGAGCACACUAACCAUGGCCUGUGGAGUUUUGAAUGGGAGCACAAAGGAAUGGCUCAGUAUUGCGAUAAGCAUUGAACUUGAUUAAUAAGAGACUCUAUUUCGAUCUACAGUCCAAGAAAAUAUUUAAAAUACUAAAAAAAUGCUUAUAUUAAGCGUAGUUGUAUCAAUUAAUUUGGAUCAAUCUUGUAAUUAAAUUUGUAAUAGAUAUAGAUUAAAAAUAAUAAAUCUGUGUGAUUAUAAAUAUUUUGACCAAUUAUGUUUGUGUAGCGCAAUGUCAUUCUUUUAGGCUGAGCUUUCUCAAUAUACUAUGAACUAUCACUUAUCUGGAGGGGGGGGGGGGAGGAGAAAGAAGGGUGUAUGUGAGUGAAUGGAUUUGAACUUGAGUGCUUUAGCCUUCUGAAGCCUCCUAAAGAAAAUGAAAAUGAGAAUUACCACUGUGCAAUUCAAGUGCUUAUUAAUAUAGAAGGUUUCAUAGUUAUCUAUUGUUAGUUUCAAACUUUAAAGCAAAGUAUUAAGGGGACUAAUUCAACUUAUACCAGUACAUCAUUCAAGUACAAUUUCUCCCUUGUUUGAUACCAAACAAAAUAAUUAAUUACCAAUAGCUAACUAAUUAAUUGGUUAUUUAUUAAAUUGAAUCUUGUUUUUUUCUCCCAUUUCUCCCUGUACUUUGUCUUUCUUAAGAAUUUAAUUAGUGUUCAACCAUCACAACCUUGAUGUUUCUUCUCUGACACGUUUUUGCCCUUUUUAAAUAGGCUUUAUCUGUUAGGAUAAAAAAAUCCCAAAUGUUAUAUUUUAGCUUCAAGAACUCUUUUCCUUCAGAAAUAUCAGAUAUUGUUUUUGCAUUUCUAGUACAAUUUUAGUGUACUAUAAUAUCAAAUUUAAAAUCAAAAAUUGCUUUUUAAAUAUUAAUAAUGAAAAGGUAAUUUUUAUGCGUUUGAAUAUAAUUUUUUAAUUUAAAAUAACUGCCAUGUUAUAAUAAAGAAGGAAAUGCUUGGCUUCUGAACCAGAGGGUCGCGGGUUUGAAUCCUGGUGAAGACUUGGAUUUUUAAUUUUGGGAUCUUUAGAGCGCCUCUGAGUCCACCCAGCUCUAAUGGGCACCUGACAUUAAAUGGGAAGAAAAGUAAAAGCAGUUUGUCAUUAUGCCACAGAAACAGAUGACCUUUACAUCAUCUGCCCUAUAGACCACAUUGCCUUGAAAGGGUACUCCAUAACAAGGAGCACUUUAACAAAUAUUACAAUUUUUAUUAUACUAUAAAACAUAUUUGAUACCCCUAAAAGAUUGUAAUGACUAAGCAACUUAGUCUUAAUAAAAUGAACUCACUUUUUCACUACUGUCAUAUUUAUUGGAGUAGUGAAAGAAUGCCAGAAGGCAGUAGAGGGUUAUUAAUAUACUUUUAUAUUGUUGCUCUUCACUCAAUACACUGUUCAACAAUGCCCAUGACUUUUGUAAGAUUGUUAGCCUUAAAUUGGAUUUAAAGUACAUGGAAGACCCUCUGCUUGUGCAAUCUUCAUUGUUAAAGAGAAAUUUUUAAAUAUUCAAAUUUAUUAUUAAUUUAGUAAUGCCUAUUUUGCAUUUUUUUGUCUGUGAUUUGAAGACAGAUUUUUCUUUGUUUUUUUUUUUUAAUAAUAUUUUUUUCCAUUAAUUAAUUUCUAUAAUCAAUUUUAAACUUUCAUUUUUAUAAAAAAUCAUAACCAAAUUUACAUUAUAGAUACAGGUUGUUGUUUUUUUGGGUAUGUUUUAAGCUUAUUUUUAUUUAUUUGAAAACUGUUUACAUUAAGUUGUUUAUAAUAAUAAUAAUACAUAAACAUUUUUUAGAUAAUAACAAAUUAUUGCAAGGCUUUUAAUUAGUUUUGUCUUCAAAAUUCUGGCAGUGUUUUGUGAUGGUUUUUAUCAAAUUUUGAAAGAAAUUGCCUACAAUAUUGUCCUGAUAUACUUUUAGGAAGAAUUUACUAGCCAAUACCAAGUGAAAGAUUUAUUUCUAUUGCAUAAACCAGCAUCUCACCUCAUAGAACUGAUACAAAUCUUGCUAUCAUGUCAAGUUUUACUUAAAUUGACUUAAGCAUUUGUAGACAUCACAAAAAAAAAAAAAAGAAUCAUAAGUUCAUGAAAAAAAUGAACUGUACAACAAUUGUUGUGAUAAGUAAUUGUAGUUAUGUUUGUUCAUUAAUGUGAAAAGUAUUGGUGAAUACAUUCCAGAUUUUUUUAUUAUUGCAAUAAAAUAUUUCAAUCUUC